AUGUCCCCGUCUCCAUCGCCCUCCCCAGUGGGCAGAACUACCCUGGGUACUGUGGACAUCGUGGUGCUGGUAGUCUACUUUCUGCUGAUUCUGGCUGUUGGAUUCUGGUCAAUGUGGAGGACAAAGCGCAGCACGGUGAAAGGAUAUUUCCUGGCUGGGAAGAACAUGACCUGGUGGCCGGUGGGUGCCUCGCUGUUUGCCAGUAACAUUGGCAGUGGACAUUUCAUCGGCCUGGCAGGGUCAGGAGCUGCAGCAGGAAUUGGGGCUAUUGCAUAUGAGUGGAAUGGUAUGCUGAUGGUGCUGCUGCUAGGAUGGCUCUUCCUGCCCAUUUAUGUCGCCUCUGGGGUGGUGACCAUGCCAGAAUAUUUGCAGAGGCGGUUUGGUGGUAGAAGAACCCAGAUAUUUACAACUGUCCUAUGUUUAUUUAUUUACAUCUUUACAAAGAUAUCGGUGGACAUGUAUGCUGGUGCUCUGUUCAUUCAUCUCGCCUUACAAUGGAACAUCUACGUUGCUGUGGUGUUGCUGCUGUCAAUCACUGCUCUCUACACUGUAGCAGGUGGCCUGGCUGCAGUUAUCUACACAGAUGCAGCUCAAACUGUCAUCAUGCUGGCAGGAGCACUCACCCUCAUGGGCUUCAGCUUUGCGGAGGUCGGAGGCUGGGAUGCUCUGAUGAAUGGAUACCUCAACGCCAUCCCUUCGAUGCGCGUGCCAAACUCCACCUGCGGCAUCCCUCGAGAUGACUCCUUCCACAUAUUCAGAGACCCGGUGAACUCUGACCUGCCUUGGCCUGGGGUCAUCAUCGGCAUGUCCAUCCCCUCCAUGUGGUACUGGUGUUCUGACCAGGUGAUUGUGCAGCGAUCCCUGGCUGCUAAGACCCUAACUCAUGCAAAGGGAGGCUCACUCCUGGCUGCUUAUCUAAAGAUUCUGCCUUUCUUUGUAAUCCUGCUGCCUGGCAUGAUCAGCAGAGUACUUUACACAGAUGAUGUGGCGUGUGCCGAUCCUGAGUUGUGUAAACAGAUUUGUGGAAACCCGGUGGGUUGUUCAGAUACCGCCUACACCACGCUGGUCAUGGAGCUGCUGCCUACAGGGCUGCGAGGUUUGAUGAUGGCAGUAAUGAUUGCUGCCCUCAUGUCCUCUCUGACCUCCAUCUUCAACAGCGCCAGCACCAUUUUCACCAUGGAUCUAUGGAAGACUUUCCGAUCCCAAGCAUCCGAGAGGGAACUUAUGAUUGUGGGCAGGUUGUUUGUGCUUUUGCUGGUGGUGGCAUCUAUACUGUGGAUUCCUAUCAUCCAGGCCAGUCAGGGGGGGCAGCUUUUUAUCUACAUCCAGUCCAUCAGCACCUACCUGCAGCCACCAGUCUCCAUCAUCUUCCUCACAGGCUGCUUCUGGAAGAGGACCAAUGAGCAGGGUGCAUUCUGGGGCCUGGUUGUCGGCCUGAUGGUGGGGUGCAUCCGCAUGUUGUUGGACUUCAUUUACCCUGAGCCCCUGUGCUACGAGGAGGAUGACAGGCCUGCAGUGUUGAAAUACGUCCAUUACCUAUACUUCUCCAUGCUACUGUCCUUCAUCACCCUGGUUGUGGUGGUUGUAAUCAGCCUGGCUACAGAGGCGCCUAAACCGGAGCAGAUUAGUCGCCUCACCUGGUUUACAAGGUUUGACCCAGUGGAGCCCAAAGAGCAGGUCUUCUCAGUUUUGCGCAGCACUAAGAGCUCAGAGGUGAUCACCAGUCAGAGGAAUGACAUGUGUGUCACAGGAAGUGAGAAGGAGAGCUGCAACGGAAAAGCAUGUCAUCACAGGAAAGACUCUUCAUCCUCCGUGUCCAGCGUCCAGAAGCAGUCCAGGCUGAUGUCUGCCUUCUGCUGGCUGUGUGGGAUGGAUAGAAGGAAGGAGGGAGAUGAUACUCCUGUGAUGCCUCCUCCACCUGAAGAGGCUAUCGGUUCUCUGGAGGAAAAGCCACGUCUACGACUCAUUGUUAACAUCAACCUCCUCAUUUGCCUCUCUGUAACUGCCUUCAUCAUCGGCUACUGGGCUUGACCGACAGGUUGCGACACUCUUGAUGGACACACGGUGUGUUGGGCGGGUAAAACGUUGUGUACAGAUUUUUAGUAUGAGAAGAAAUUCCACUUUCUUUUUGUUUUGGGCCUAAAACUGACAGUACAAUGAUGCCAUUUCCUUCAAAGCACAUGCCAUGGUUUACUUGUAAACUGAAAACACGAAUCGUAUUAAAAAGAAUCUAAUUUUCUCACAUUGAUGCCUGAAAUAAGGUCUUAAUCUUACCAACAUGCAUGGAAGGAAUGCUUAUGUCAAAUAUCUUUGAUAACACGUUUGUCCUUUUUGUAAAUGAAUUACAGCUAAAACAUAUUCCAAUAACAACUCUUUAUGCAAAGUCUUUAUGCAUCCACCUUUUGGUUGAGGAACGAUCAUGUUUUGACAAAAUGACAAAUAACUGAUGAAGAAGCUGACAACACUGUAAAUGUUGAACAACCUUUAAUUAUCAAGCGUAAUGAUGCAUUGUAGGAUGUAUUAUGUGCAGAAAAGCCAACAUAAAAAUGCUGAGAAGAAAUAAAAAACAUAAUCAAUGAGCUGAAAAACACCCUCCCAAAAAAGGUAAAGAUUGUCAGCCGUGGUAAAAAAUUAUACACAAAGAAGAAUUUGGCUGUAUUUGGUCGUAGCUUUUAGUUUGAGUGGGAGUGACAAGCUAUGUAUUGAAAACACAUUUAUCACAAUCGGUCUGUUAAUAAAAUCCCUUUUUAAUGAUAAAAGCUAAUCUUUGAGCAUUAAAUCAA